AUGGCCGAGAAGACAGCACUCAUCACAGGCGCCACCGGCCUCUUGGGACGACAGGUCCUGAAGGCCUUUACGAGACGGGACUGGACUGCCAAAGGCACGGGCUUGUCCCGGGCAGACGGGGCCACAAUCCUCAAGGUCGACUUGGCCUCCUUCGAGGAGGUUGAGAAAGCUCUUGAUCACUCCAAGCCUCAGGUUGUGGUGCACUGCGCAGCAAACCGCUUCCCGGACAAGGUCGACAAGGACCCCGAGGGCACACGCAAGCUGAAUGUCGAGGCUACUCAUGUUUUCUCCGGCAAGCCUGGCGAUGCCCCGUACCAGGCAGAUGCCGCCCCUGGUCCUACCAACUUGUAUGGACUAACCAAACUCGAUGGUGAGCGCGCGGCCUUGGAAGAGUUCAAAGCCGCUGGCAAGGAUGGCCUGGGUGUCGUAUUGAGAGUACCAGUCUUGUAUGGCGAAGCCAAUAUGCCAAACGAGAGUGCCGUCAACGUCCUGAUGGACGUCGUGUGGAAAGCCCAGAAAGGGGAGAAGGUGCAGAUGGAGCAUUGGGCUCUCCGGUAUCCGACUAACACCGAAGACGUGGGAAGGGUCUGCCAUGAUGUUGCUGUCAAGUACCUAACUGCCAGCGAGAGCGAGCGAACCGGCUUGCCCAAGAUCCUGCAGUUCUCGAGCGAGGACAAGUACACAAAGUACGAAAUCUGUCAGUUGUUCGGCGAGAUCAUGGGCUUGAACAUUGAUGCAAUUGAGCCGAACACCCAGGGCAAUGACCCCAAUGCCAGUGUACAAAGACCUUUCGACUGUCACCUGAGCACCAAGGCUUUGAAGGAUAUCGGCAUCGACGUUUCGACGCAAGACUUCACUGGCUGGGAAGCUCCGGCUCCGCCUAUGCCCGGUUCUUCAGCCAUGGCCACUGCGGUCACAACCGAUGUGGCCGUUGGUGGGGGUUACGAUGCAGAAAGGGAGCGAUGGAAACGAGAAGACGAGAAAUGGAUGGCGCAGGAAAGGCGGGUACUGAGCAAGGAGGAAUCUGAUCGCCUGGCCGACAAACUCGAGAGCGAAACGGAUCGAAUUCUGGCGGAGCAGAAGAAACUGGACCUCGCGAGGCUUCACCAGCAGCUGGUUGCGACGCAGUCGACAGUUUCACUAUCUCCGUCCUCCCUCAAGCCCAAGAGUCCCGUGUUGGAGAAGUUUAACUUCUUCAACAGGGCCAGAAAUUCAAAGGCUGCCACACUCUCACCAACAUCGUCGACAACCGCGUCGGUGGACAUUAGUCGCACGCACAGCCUGGACCCAUCUCUCCCCCCUAGGGCGUUCCUAGAUCAAGGCGGGCAGGGCCAGCUCAUAACGCCUCCUUUGUCUCCGAUGUCUGCGCAUCAUUUUCAUGACAGACGCGUCACAGUACGCUGCAGAGGUGUGACUGUGAACCUAGUGGUGUUGGCUGAAAGCAGCCCGGUAGACAUCUUGUUCCAAGCCUCCGAAUCUAUCACUCAACAAAUCAACACAGCGUCCAGUCUGGUAUAUGAGUGCUACGCGCAGCUUGGCCUCGAGCGGCGUCUCCGGCGGUAUGAACGCAUCUGCGACGUGCUAGAUUCAUGGGACCACGACGCCCAGAACUUGUUGCUCAUCAUUCCCUCGGGCUCUUCUGAACACGACAGGGAUCUCGACAUCUCAUCAGUCCCAACAACUUUGGAACCACCACCGGGUUUCUUCCUACAACUCCACCACUCAUCGCGGCCCGGCAAGUGGAGCAAAAGAUGGAUCACGCUGCUCGAUGACGGGCAGAUUGUUUCUUCCAAGAAAGGACAGCCAAGUGGUGAUAAGUCCACCCAAUGGUUGUGCCACUUGUCCGAGUACGACAUCUACACGCUCAUGAGCAAGUCCACGUCGGCCACAAGCGAAGGUGCAGCGAAGAGUGCCAGUACCGUGGCCAAAAACCUCAAGCCACCCAAGAAAUUCGUCUACGCCUUGAAGUUACAGCAAAAGGCGACCAUAUCUACUGAUUCCGCCAACUUCGUCCACUUCUUCUGCACUGAUGACCCAGCUAUCGCGAAUAAGUUCACCGCACGUGUGCAUGGCUGGCGAAGCUGGUAUAUGGUCAAGGCACGGAGGGAGGCACAGCGUAAGAGGAUAAUGGAAGAUGCGCCACAGAUCACACCAGUCAAGCAUAAGCCGAGGAAGAGCAUCAGCCAUAUGAAGGUCCCUGGUCAGAAACAUCGUAUGAAGGUAUCGAUUGAUGAGACACCGUAUAAUAUUGGGGACUUCCAGCCGUUGGUGGAACUGGAGCGGUUUGAAAAGCCAAUCGACGAAUUCGGCAAAGAUUGGAUCCCGGACCCAAGGCUGUCUGCCUUGUCAUCUACACUCAAGGACCAGAAUGCCCCUCCAACCCAAGCACCGACUACGACACAGGAGAAUUUGGUGGAGGACGAGGGGAACACGCAUAGUGUUGUGCAAGAGGCACGCAGCAAUCAAGCCCGCCCCAAGACCUCUGCGAAUGACGGCGGGAGCGGACUGCAACCGCUCAUAGACGGUGUCCAGACGGGAGUCGGGAUCGCUGUGUCUUUGCCAGUCGAAUCCAUCACCACCUCUACCACCACCUCUACCAGCCCAAAGGGACCCUGUUCCCAGGCCGAGCUGGAGCCUGGCCCUGGACCAGAGGUACAGGCAAGGUCAUGGCUCCCAUCCGCAAUCGAACAUACCGCUAGACAGAGAUACGAGCAACAACGUCUUGAAAGACUCAACAACCCCUCGCCACAACCAAAACAACAGCAGCAACGGCCGAGCACCAGCUCAGGAGUGGCGCAGUCGCAGCGCCACCACCAUUACGGGACGCCACCAGCGCGCGGCGUGCGCCAGGUGGCCACCAGGGUCACCGCGCAGUCGGCGCUGGGCGACAUCGCGAGGAACUACCGCAUGGCGUCGCGGUGGGCAGAGACGGGCACGCCCUCGCCGACGGGCAGCCCCAAGUUCCUCGAGGUGCCCGGGAGGAACAUGUCGCCGGGCAUGCUGCACCCGCCCCCGCUCCAGUGGCAGGCCGCUCCUCCUCCUCCCAGCAGCCGGCCGAGCACGAGCGGCGGCGAGCGGGGCCGGAACCAGUAUCACCACCACUACCAACAGCAGCACCAGCACCAGCAGCUCCUGCUGCAGAAGCAGCAGCAGAUGCGGGCCAGGACCGGGUCCAUGUCGUCCAUGCGCAGGGGCCAGGGCGCCAUCGGGGGCCCGCCUGCGGAUCCGCCGCCCAUGCCGCCUCUGCCGCCCCAGAUGAGGGCGCUGGUCAGGGAAGCGCAGCGGUAA